ACCAACGCCAUCAUGAGCACUGUGAUAGAGGCAAAUACUCAAUUUGGUGUGAACCUUUUCAAACAACUGGCCAAAGAAAAUUCUACCAAAAAUGUCUUCUUCUCCCCAUUGAGCAUCUCAGCAGCUUUGGCCAUGGUGCUUUUGGGUGCCAAACAUGAGACUGCGAAGCAGGUGGAGAAGGGUCUUUCCUUAGAUAAGAUCACUAGAUCUGGAAGCAGUUCAACUGUUGCAGGAGAUCAGUGUGAUAAACCCGGAGGAAUACAUUCCCAGUUCAAGGCACUCUUAGCAGCCAUCAACCAACACACGACAAACUACGAUCUGAGCAUUGCCAACAGGUUGUAUGGAGCACAGCAGUAUGAAUUCCUUCAGCAAUAUUUACGUUGCACAAAAGAGCUGUAUGGUGCUGAGUUGGAAAGAGUGGACUUCCAGCACUCUGCUGAGGAAGUGAGAAAGCAGAUUAAUUCCUGGGUUGAAAGUCAAACAAAUGGUAAAAUCAAGAACCUUUUUCCUCCUCGCAGUAUUAAUGCAGCAACUGUUUUGGUCUUGGUGAAUGCCAUUUACUUCAAAGGAAUGUGGAAGAGACAGUUUAAGAAAAGUGACACAAAGGAAGAACCCUUCUGGAUAAAUCAGAAUCAGAGCAAGAAUGUGCAGAUGAUGAAACAGACAGAUGUUUUUAGUUGGGCUCAAAUACAAAACCCCAAAAUGCAAGUGCUUGAUCUUCCCUAUGAUCAGGGCGAUCUAAGUAUGCUCAUUUUGCUGCCACAUGACAAAGGAGGUCUGGACCAGCUUCAGGAGGAGCUCACCUAUGCAAAACUUAAAGAAUGGACCUCUCCAUCAAACAUGAAGAAGGAACAGCUGACUGUUUCUCUGCCGAAGUUCAAGCUCGAAGAACAAUAUGGACUCCCUCUAGCUUUAAAAGUUUUAGGAAUGAAAGAUGCUUUUACAAGAGGAAAGGCUGAUUUAACUGGCAUGUCUGAAAAUCGGGAUAUUUUUAUUACCGAGGUAGUUCAUAAAGCUUAUGUAGAAGUCAAUGAAGAAGGUACAGAGGCUGCAGCAGCCACUGGUGCAGUGGUAGGGACAACCUCAGCAAAACCAGGAUUUAUAGUUGAUCGCCCAUUCAUUUUCUUCAUAAGACACAAUAUAACACAGAGCAUACUCUUUGUGGGAACACUUCGCACCCCUUAAAUAAUAGCAUACAUUUGCUUUACAGCUGUAUAGUAAACCUAGGCUGUUAUUAUAAUCUUCAAAAAAGCAAACUGAUUCUGAAUUCUCUUUUUUCUCAUUUUGUUUCUAAUUUCAGGCACUGUAAAAAGGGCUGCCAACCUCCCUGUAGGGCCUGGAGAUCUGUAAUAAUAAUUUAUUUCCAGCUAACAGAUCAGUUUCCCUGGAGAAAAUGGCAGCUUUUGAGGAUAGACUGUAUAGCAUAAUACCCCAUUGAGGUCCCUCCCCACCCCAUACCUCAACCUCUCCAAGCUCUACCCUAUCAUAAAUGAAAUGCCAUGAGAUUCAUUCCAGUGGAAAAUUUAGUAGAAAAGAAUUUCCAAGAGUAGCACAGAAACUUCCCUCACAGACAUUCUGUUGCAGCCUUUCCCUAUAAUCUUAUGAAGGAGAUUUCAUGAUACAACAGUAUAAAGCAGAGUUGGCUGCCCAGUUGCAGAAUUACUAAGAAUCCCCUGCCCAGUUCUUGCUGUCUAGCUUUCUGGAGAUUGCUGAGACCUUCUGAAGUCCGCCUUGGAUCUGGAAAGUUUCCUUCCCUGUGACUCUGUCUCACCUAGGUUGCUGCUUUUACCAUAUGCUCUGAUGCUGCCCUCUCCCCCUUGCUAGACUUGCUGGACCUGCCCCGACAUGCUGAUUUUGGCUGGCUGACCCACACUGGGAUGUCAGAUUUGGGCCCAGAUUUUAAGUCCCAAAAACUCUGCUUCCCUUUCUGCUAGCAAUA